AAAUCGCUCGAUGGAGCGAUGAAUGAUGGAUCCGUUCCUUCCUUCUCCAAACCAGCGAAGUAAACAGGGCGGAGAGCUCUUUAAAAUCCAUGAGCAAAAAUAGCUGAAGGGCCCAACUCGAAUUUUCCGACCCUUUUCCUUUCGCUGACUCGUUCAUUUCUUCCGAUGCCAUCCAUCUCGGCGGUGGCCAUCUUUUCCCGAUUCGAUCCGGCGAUCCUCCUCCCUCAUCUUCUCCUCCCAAUGUCUCCUCCGAUCUGAUCCCAUCGCCAUGACCUCCUUCCAGCCUCUCGGCGGGACCUCCCGCUCCGGCCGCGUCCUCGGCCCCGCCCUCGACAAGAUCAUCAAGAACGCCGCCUGGCGCAAGCACGCCAACCUCGUCGCUGUCUGCAAGUCCGCCCUAGAUCGCCUAGACUCCCUCCCCGACUCCCCCGACCCCUCCUUCCUCCUCGGCAUCCCUCCUUCCGACGCCGACUCUGUCCUCCACCCCCUCGUCCUCGCCAUUGACUCCGCCUACCCCAAGGUCGCCGAUACCGCCCUCGAGUGCGCCCAGAAGCUCUUCUCGCACGGUCUCUUCCGCGGCGACAUCAACCUCCCAGCCGACGGCGACGAUGCCCCCGGCUCCUCCGCCGCUCGACUCCUCGCUUCAGUCUGCAGCUGCGGAGGGAUCGGCGAUGAGGCCCUCGAACUCGCGAUGCUCAGGGUCCUUAUUGCUUCCGCCCGCUCACCCUUCGUGCUGAUCCGCGACGAAUGCUUGGCCCAGAUCAUCCGGAGCUGCUACAAUGUGUACCUUGGCAGCCAGAGCGGAGCCAAUCAGUUGUGUGCCAAGUUGGUACUGGCUCAGAUCGUCGUUAUCGUUUUUGCUAGGACGGAGGCUGAUUCCACGGAUGUCAGGAUCCGAAUAGUCUCCAUUGCCGACAUGAUGGAUCUCUCUGAUAGGAACUUGAAUGAUUCAACUCUGGUGCAGUCUGCGCAGAAUUUUAUUAAUGAGGUAAUGGCGGGAAGCGAUGCAGACCCUCUGCCUUCUAAAUCAAACAAGGAGGAGGGUUUGAUGCCGCCGGAUUCAGAGGAAGAAGCUGCUGCAAAUGGCGGUGGACUGAGCAAGAUCAGAGAGGAUGGAUUGUUUCUUUUCAGAAACUUGUGCAAGCUCUCAAUGAAGUUCUCGGCACAAGAGAAUCCUGAGGACCCUCUCUUGAUGAGGGGGAAGGUUUUGUCACUGGAGCUUCUAAAGAUAGGAAUAGAAAAUGCUGGGCCUCUUUGGCGGGCAAAUGAGAGGUUUCUUGGAGCAAUCAAACAAUACCUUUGCUUAUCGUUAUUGAAGAACAGUGCCCUAUCAAUGAUGACUAUUUUUCAGCUUCUUUGCUCUAUUUUUAUGGGUUUAAUGUCGAAAUUUAGAUCAGGGCUGAAGGAGGAAGUUGGAGUUUUCUUUCCAAUGCUUGUCCUGCGAAUCGUUGAGAAUGUUCUUCAGCCUAGCUUUUUGCAGAAAAUGACAGUUCUCAACCUAUUGGAAAAGAUCUGCCAGGACCCACAGGUUAUGGUUGACAUUUUUGUGAACUAUGAUUGUGAUGUGAAUGCGCCAAAUAUUUUUGAAAGGGUUGUUAAUGGUCUGCUAAAGACUGCUCUAGGUGUUCCCCCCGGGUCAGUGACAUCACUAUCCCCAGCUCAGGAUACCACAUUACAGAUUGAAUCAGUGAAGUGCCUCAAUUGUAUCAUUAAGUCAAUGGGUGUGUGGAUGGACCAGCAGCUGAAAUUGGGUGAUUUUGCUCCAGAGAGACAUAUAAAUAAGCAUUCUUCAGAUAACCUUGCCUCUUUGAAUGGUGAAGAAGGAGGUGUGACUGACUAUGAUCUGCAUUUGGAUGCAAACCAUGAGUUCUCUGAUGCUGCUUCAUUGGAACAACGCAGGGCAUAUAAGUUGGAGUUUCAGAAAGGUGUUGCAUUGUUUAAUAAAAAACCUUCAAAGGGUAUUGAUUUUCUAAUCAAAACCAAGAAAAUAGGUGCAUCUCCAGAAGAAGUAGCUUCGUUCUUGAAGAAUGCUUCUGGCCUAAAUGCAGCUAUGAUCGGAGACUACUUGGGUGAAAGGGAAGAGUUCCCUCUGAAAGUCAUGCAUGCUUAUGUUGACUCAAUAAAUUUUGAGAAUAUGAAUUUUGGCGAAGCUAUUAGGUUCUUCUUAAGAGGUUUUAGAUUGCCUGGAGAAGCACAGAAGAUUGAUCGCAUAAUGGAAAAGUUUGCAGAACGAUACUGUAAAUGCAGCCCAAGUUCUUUCACCAGUGCAGAUACAGCAUAUGUUCUUGCUUAUUCUGUGAUUAUGUUGAACACUGAUGCACACAACAGCAUGGUUAAAGAUAAGAUGUCAAAAGCUGAGUUUAUUCGCAACAAUCGAGGAAUAAAUGAUGGAAAGGAUUUACCAGAAGAAUACCUUGGUUCUUUGUAUGAUCAAAUUGUGAAAAGUGAAAUAAAAAUCAGUGCUGAUGUUUCUGCUCCACAAAAUAAACAGACGAGCAGCAUCAACAAGCUUUUGGGGUUUGACAACAUUUUCAAUUUGGUCAAUUGGAAACAAUAUGAAGAGAAGGCAUUAGGUGCAAGUGAUCAACUAAUUAAGCACAUCCAAGGGCAAUUUAGAGCAAAGACUGGAAAAUCAGAGUCUAUGUUCUAUACUGUCACGGAUACUGCAAUCCUAAGAUUUAUGAUGGAGGCUUGUUGGGCUCCCAUGAUGGCUGCUUUCAGUAUGACACUUGACCAAAGUGAUGACAAGUCUGCCACAGCACAGUGUUUACAAGGUUUCCGAUAUGCAGUUCAUGUCACUUCAGUGAUGCUUAUGCAGACACAAAGAGAUGCUUUUGUUACAUCUGUUGCCAAAUUCACAUACCUUCAUUGUGCUGCUGAUAUGAAGCAGAAGAAUGUUGAUGCUGUUAAGGCUAUAAUAUCAAUUGCCAUUGAAGAUGGUAACUAUCUGCAAGAAUCCUGGGAUCAUAUAUUUACAUGUCUUUCACGGUUCGAGCAUUUACAGCUGCUAGGAGAGGGUGCACCACCUGAUGCUUCAUUUUUUGUAGCACCACUUAAUGAAGCAGAAGACAGAGCACAGAAAACAACAUUCGUGAAGAAGAAAGGAAAUGCUCUUCAAAAUCCAGCAGUCAUGGCAGUGGUUCGAGGGGGUUCUUAUGAUAGUGCAUCUAUGGGAAAUACGGCUUCAGCUUUAGUUACUCCAGAUCAGAUUAAUAACUUUAUUUCCAAUUUAAAUCUGUUGGACCAGAUUGGUACUUUUGAGUUAAACCAUAUAUUUGCUCAUAGCCAAAGAUUGAAUAGUGAUGCAAUUGUAGCUUUUGUAAGGGCCCUGUGCAAGGUUUCUAUGACAGAACUGCAAUCUCCGACUGAUCCACGUGUUUUCAGCCUCACAAAAAUAGUUGAAAUAGCACAUUACAAUAUGAAUCGAAUCCGAUUGGUUUGGUCCUGCAUCUGGAAUGUUCUUUCUGAAUUUUUUGUUUCAGUUGGAUUAUCAGAAAAUCUCUCGGUUGCAAUCUUUGUAAUGGAUGCAUUAAGGCAAUUGGCUAUGAAAUUCUUGGAGCGUGAAGAGCUUGCUAAUUAUAAUUUCCAGAAUGAAUUCUUGAAACCUUUUGUGGUUGUCAUGCAGAAAAGUGAUUCGGCUGAAAUUCGUGAGCUCAUUGUUCGAUGUGUUUCUCAGAUGGUUUUGAGUCGUGUUAAUCAUGUGAAGUCAGGGUGGAAAAGUGUUUUCUUGGUUUUCACAACUGCUGCCUCAGAUGUACGUAAGAGUAUCGUGCUGUUAGCUUUUGAGACAAUAGAGAAAAUAGUUCGAGAUUAUUUUCCUUACAUUACUGAGACAGAGACCACAACAUUCACUGACUGUGUUAAGUGCUUGAUUGCAUUUACAAAUAGCAGAUUCAAUAAUGAUGCAAGCCUCAAUGCUAUUGCAUUCCUCCGAUUCUGUGCUGUUAAACUGGCAGAAGGUGGUCUUGUCUGCUACGACAACAAUUCUGAGGGUCAUUUAGGAAAUGGGGAUGGUUCGGAUGGCAAUUUGACUGAAAAAGAUGAUCAUGCUUUCUUUUGGUUUCCUUUACUAGAAGGUUUAUCCAAGCUGACGUCUGAUACUCGGCCAGCUAUCAGAAAAGGUGCUCUAGAAGUACUCUUCAAUAUUCUGAAGGACCAUGGCCACCUCUUUACUGACACGUUCUGGAUUAAUAUCCUGAAAUCUGUGAUUUACCCCAUUUUUAGCAAUACACAGAAUAUAACUGUUGGUCAAGUUCUACUGGUUCAUGAUCCUCAGUUUCCAAAUGAUGAUUCUACCAAAUCUGAAACAGAUACUUUGGCAGCAAAAUGCUUAGUCGACCUGUUUGUCAGAUUUUUCAAUGUUGUGCGCUCACAACUUGGGAGUGUUGUAUGUAUUGUUACAAGUUUUGUUAGCAGUCCCUACAAGCAUUAUGCUAAUACAGGAAUGGCUGCCCUACUCCAUUUGACUGCCCAUCUGGGAAGCAAGCUAUCAAAAGAAGAAUGGAAAGAUAUUUUGGUACCCUUAAAAAAGUCAGUUGCUUCAAUGCUGCCUGUUUUUUCUAGCAUCAUAAGAAUCAUGCAAGACAUUGAAAUUCCGGAUAGUGUGGAUCAAUAUUCUGAUCACGAAUACAUUAACGAGGAUGAGGAAGAGGCUAAUAUGGAAACAGCCUCGUAUGCAAUUGUCAGAAUGAAGAACCACAUAAGUGUUCAGCUCCAGAUUGUACAGGUUGUAAAGAAGCUUUAUGAAGUUCAUCGAAAGUGCUUUUCAGCUGCUCAUGUUAGCAUCCUACUGGACGUACUUACAUCCAUUGCUUCGCAUUCAAGCGAAGUAAGCAGUGAAACCAUCGUCCAACAGAAGCUGCAAAAAGCAUGCUCCCUGUUGGAGAUUCCCGGUCCACCAGUCAUUCAUUUCGAGAACGAGUCUUAUGAGAACCUGCUCAAAUUCUUGCAAACUAUACUUGCUGAAGAUCCUGCUCUGUCAAACGAACUGAAAAUAGAAUCACUCGUGGUGUUCGUUUGCCAAAAAAUAUUCAAGAUCUACUUGAACUGUGCGGGACAACAACAGAACGAUGAGACUUCAGAUGCUGGUCCAACAGCUCACUCUACACUCCCUUUGGGCACUGCUAAGAAAGAGGAACUGGCUGCACGGACAUCGCUACUUGUCUCGGCCUUGCAAGUCUUACGUAGCUUGAGGCAGGAUUCAUUCCGAAGGAACUUACGCAUUGUUUUUCCGUCCUUAGUUAGCCUUGUAAGUUGCGAACAUCACUCCAACGAAGUGCUGGAUGAGCUACAUGAUAUUUUUCAAUCCUCUAUAGGACCACUGCUAAUGAACAUGUGAUGUACACAUAAUUAUCUCAUUUUUUUUAAAAUAGUCUUUAAUUAUUUUUUGCUGCUUCAGCCUGUGUGAAGAUAUAGCCAUUGUUUAUGCCACACUGUUCAUAAACAACUUAUAGCGUCAUAGCUUUUUUUGCCAUCUUUUAAAUAUGAACUGUGAUGUAUUCUAACAUCAUUUUUCUUAUUGCAAUUGCCAAAUGGAGGUGUUAAUGAUU